ACCGUAACUUUAUGGGGUCCGCGAUAAAUAAUAUUAGAGAGCCCUGAGGCCACGGGCCAUGGGGAAAUGAUCUAGCUGGGGGAUGAAAACUGUAUCCCAAGUCUGUACUCGAGUACUGUACCGUGGUAGUUCAUCUCUCUCUUCGGUAAUGACAUGAUUAAUUUUUGGAGAAUUUCUUUUUUUUUCCCUUUUUUUUUCCCUUUCACUUUCUGUUGGGGCGGUUUGUAUCGUACGGUACUGCACAGUCAGGACGAAUUUGGUCUCAGCACAUGCCCCUCUAUUUCCUCCCUUCACUUUCUCCUUCCCACUCCGCCCUUCUCGGAGCCCAGAUCACCAUCUGUUACUCAUCGUUCCUUCUUACCAUUACCGUGCUCCAAUCCCUUUUCCCCGCCGAUAUUGGUAUACUGUUCCAUCGACACCCCAUCUUGCACUCUUACCACUCACUAUUGCUGACCGUGCUGCGCCUCUCGUGGGAUUUGUUUGCUCCGUCAAUUUUAUUUGAUUUCCGUGGUGUGUGCGGGGUGAUCAGUUCAUUAAAGUUUGCCUGUGGUGGGUGUUUGAAAAUUAUUUUUUUCCUUUUUCCUAUCUACGGCAUUCCUACGACCACUCCUACGACCUGCUGAACUAGAGAAGACUGACCAGCCCGGGUAGAAACCCGCAUAGAAAUACUGUAGAACCGAGGCCUUUCCCCUCCCUUCUAACAGAGUGGCAGUCGAUUAAGAACUCAUAUAAACCUCUCAAUUCUCUUCUCACUUCUUGAAAGGAACCCUCUUUUUACUCGACAAAUCAAGACUCCCAACCGAAAAUACCGAUACCGCUGCAAACAUGACUCCUAAAGCUGACGAGGUUGAAGACUCUCGCGGUACGUUUUCUUUAUUUUACAAGUCCCCGGAAUCUUUUUCUCCAAUCAGCCAUGUCGAACGGAUAGAACGAAGGAAAACGAGGGUCCAGGAGAAGCGAGAGCUGAUGAAGUACGGAACAAAAGUUCUCGGACAGGAUCCUUUGAUUCCUCCCAGUCUUUUGCAACAUGAGAUUCCUUCUGUAUUUCUCCCUCUCUCUCUAACCUUAAUUUUUUUUUUUGAUUUUUUGUUCUUCAAAUAACGAGUCAUACUGAUUUGUGGGGCUGAAGACACCCGAAUCCGAAGCUACCGUUCUCAAGGGUCGUCGUGACUCUAUUGCCGUGCUCAGCGGCACCUCCGACAAGCUUCUCGCCGUGGUUGGGCCAUGCUCGAUCCAUGAUCCCGAGGCGGCGAAAGAAUACGCUGGGCGCCUGAAGGCCAUUUCAGAAGAGCUCCAGGACGACCUGGUCAUCAUUAUGCGAGCCUACCUUGAGAAGCCAAGGACCACCGUUGGAUGGAAAGGAUUGAUCAAUGACCCUGACAUGGACGAGAGCUUCCAGAUCAAUAAGGGUUUGAGAGUUAGCAGGAGUUUAUUCGUCGAGCUUACACACAUGGGAGUCCCUAUUGCGUCUGAAAUGUUGGACACUGUCUCCCCCCAGGUAAUUCCCUUUGUCCCGAGUAAACGAGCAGUUAGUAACAAAAAUAGUUCCUUGCAGAUCUUCUCUCCCUCGCAGCAAUCGGUGCCCGCACCACUGAAUCACAGCUCCACCGUGAGCUCGCAUCGGGCGUUUCCUUCCCGGUCGGCUUCAAGAACGGUACCGAUGGCUCGCUCAGCAUCGCUAUCGAUGCUGUCCUCUCUGCCUCUCACCCUCACCAUUUUAUGGGUGUGACUAAGCAAGGCCUUGCCGCCAUCACCCGCACCACAGGAAAUGAGCACGGUUUCGUUAUCCUUCGCGGGGGUUCCAGGGGCCCUAACUACAGCUCCGAGGACGUACAGACCACGAAGGCUGCCUUGAGGAAGAAGGGGCAGAGGGAGGUCAUGAUGAUCGAUUGCAGUCACGGAAACAGCUCCAAGAACCACAAAGUAUGUUUUUUUUUUGUUUUUUUACUUCUUCCCCAGAGUUCCCUUAUCUAACAAUGCGCUGCAGAACCAACCUAUUGUAGCCGCGGACAUUGCUGCGCAAAUUAGCAACGGCGAGGAGGCCAUUGUUGGUGUCAUGAUCGAGUCAAACAUCAACGAGGGCCGCCAGGACAUCCCCACCCCGGAGCAGGGUGGCGUAACCGCCCUCAAGAAGGGUGUUUCCGUCACCGACGCGUGCAUCAACUGGGAAUCCACGGUUGACGUGUUGCAGAAUCUCGCCGCCGCCGUUAGAACCAGACGGGCUGGCAGAGAGUGUGGAGUCAAGAGGAAGGCCGAAGAUGCUUUGUAAAAAGUUUUCGUUUAAAUGCAAGCAAACGGGAUAUAUGGUAGAAUGUGGAGUUUUAGUUUUAGUGUUUUCGCUUCAUCUCUUCUCUUUCCUUGUAUUUUUCCAUUGGCUAUUUUCUUUGGGUGGCUCUAUCGUAGUAGUGCUUGUUGGGUAUGUGGCUGGAAAUAAAAUAAGGGUUGUGUUCGACUCGUCGUCGAUUGAGUGGUCCAUCGGUUCAAAAUGCGCUGUGUCCAUAUUACAAGGGUUACAGAAAUAAGUUAAGUUAGUUGUUAACGCAUGGUCUACUCGAGUAGUGCAUAUUAAGCAAGUUGCUUGGCAAGGCAAUAUCCCCAAAACACGUUUUGAAUCGAUAAACGACUUAAUCGACUAGGAGCUAACAACCUGUGAAUAAAUGGAAGUGUGUGGACUAGGUGGCUGAGGGCAAUGCAACCGAAAAUCUGCCAAGUACGAGUAUGAUAAUUGCCAAGCAUGUGAAUGUUACUCAAGUAUUGUGACACACAGAGAGCGGGAGCUUAUUAAUACAAUACUAGUAGCUGAGACGAUUACACUCGUUGUUUGCCUUUUAGAGUUUGCGGUGCAUUAGGAGAUGCCUUCUCGAUAAGAUCACAUUAUCCCCUAUGUACGAGUACAUGCCAAAAUUAUCUAGAUAGGUGAGGGCUUCGGGAUCUCUGGGGUCAGGUAUACCGAACCUUUUUUCUUAAAGACUGGAUCUUGUGACUGCACUCCUGAAUGGGGCCAAGUUCCUAUGUCCUUGAAUCAUAUCAAUAACACUCAACAAAGUUAAGUUUAAAGUAAUAUACUACUCGUAUUGGAAAAGUA